ACAGCUUCUUGAAGAACUUUGUAAUUAACAAACAUGUCCUCUACUCUGAGUCUUAGAGUUUUUACAUCUAGUAGAAUGCCUUCAGUAUGGAUGGUGCUUCUUCAUUUUCAUAUAAGCAAUGCUGUUGCAGAGACGAUCAGAGUAUUUGGACGUAAAGGAGACUCCAUAAUCCUUGACCCUGGAAAAAAUAACGUGUGGAAUCAAAGGCAAUCAAUACCUGGAUUUGACAUGAGAUGGAAACAUUCGGAUAUGUAUAUUGUUAAAUAUUCCAAAGUACUGCCUAAUUUCGCUGAAAGGUAUAAGAUAUUUCCAAAUGGUACACUGAUGAUUAGCCAAGGACAUGAGACAGGCUUGGAAAAUUAUACAGUGGAACAAUAUAAUGGUAAUGGAGGUCUGAUAUCCCAGCGGAACAUUGAGCUCUGUGUGCUAGAACCAGUCACCAAACCAAAGGUGAGAUACUUUUGUUUUCAUAACGGAACGAUUAUUCUGAACUGCUCUGUUGAUAAAGGAGACCAGGUGGUGAUCAACUGGAUUGGGCAGGAUUUCUUGUCUAAUAACAUCCUGAGCACAGGUCCUGUCAUAUUUAUGGGCGACCAAAUGCCUGGAAAUCUGUCCUGUGUGGCAAAGAAUGAAAUAAGUAAAGAAUGCAUCAGCCCAGAUGUUCAUAGAUGCAGAGGUUACUAUUCAACUGUAACUGCAUUUGGACUCCUGGCAUUUGCCCUAUUGAUGCUGGUGGUGACCAUUCUGGAUUUGAAAAAGGGGUGCAAGAAGACAAAACCAGCAGGUGUGGAGGAGAACAACUAUGCGGAGAUGCACGGGGAUUUACUCAAUCAGCGAUACGAGGAGCCCACAGCCAACCCAGACCAAAAGAUCUCCCACUACAGUGUGGAGGAGGACCACUAUGUUGAGAUGAAAGGAGAUUUAUUCAUUCAGCAACAGGAGGAAGCCACAGCCGACCCAGACCAAGGCAUCUCCCAAAACGCAUUCCCCAAACCUGAAGCCCCUUCAAAUCGAAGAAAGCUGGAGUUGGAUGAUAAUAAUAUUUAUUGCUAAAGACCAUGGCAUCAAUGUGUGUUCGUGGCAUAAUGUUUGAAACAUGGUUAAAGCAUCUUACCUGUAACUGAAAGGUGGCUAGAAUGAAUCUCAGAGCCAUCCAUGUGAAAAAAGUUGUUAUUCUGUCCUUGAGCAAAGCAAUUAACCCUGUUCAUUUCAUCAUUUAGAAAAUGUAUGUUGAUGUAUUUCUAAGAUGAUCUUAUGAACUAAUAGUAUUGUCUACUUUUUUGUUUAUAUUUGAUUGCUGGUAGAGACUAGACUCUACAGAGUCUAGUCUCCAUACCAGACUGCACCACUAGGGGGAGGCAUAACAAUGUGUUGAAGACAGGUUUCUGUGACUGGGGGGAAAGAAACAUCACAUGAUUGCUGUAAUUGGAAUACAGCAGGGACAACUACAAAUUAUUCAAUUUCCAACUGUUUUGGUAAUAUUUCUUAAAUGUAUGGGUUUAUUUGUUCAAAACAACAAGGUAAGAUUUGCUGUAAUAAACUACAUGUAAUU